AUGGACGCUGUCGGAGAAAGGACAAUUCCCACAUCACUGAGGUCUUGCCCUGCCUUAGCAGUUGCAGCCUUCCGGGCACCCGGGAUGUGGGACACCUGGUUGCGGUAUAACCUGGGUGAGACACAGAACUUUAGGCCAGCCACAUAUAAAAAUACACCGGUUCGGGACUUAGGCACGGAGGGUGAAACCUUUAACUGGGUGGCAACUGGACACUGUAUGAGAAUUCAAGACGCUCUUUGA